AUGUCUCAAAAUUCCACUAAAGAUAUUCCUGAAACGCAAGCUCAACCAGUUAAAUCAGAUUCUCACGAACAACGAUCUGAAAAAUCAUAUAAGGCUGCUGCCCACAAUCCAACUUUUUCUCACGAGGCUCGUGUUCACGCAGCUGAGAAAUUGUCCGAACUUCAUGAAAAAAGAACUGGUGAAAAGAUUGAUCCAAAUUAUGAGGCGAGUAUUGGAGACAAAAAAGCCGAACAGAGAGACUAA